AUGAUGACUUGGUGUGUGGUGUCCGAAUUGCGGAGCCGCGGAGCUGCGGGGCCGAAGCUUCGCAUGUUGCACCAUGCCGAUGCCACUGGAAAUCCCAGCUGUGCCGAUGGGCCCGUGCCAUUCGGUUCCGCAUUACCCAAGGGCACGGUAGCCGAUUGCUGGUCCAGUGGUGAGGCUAUUGCCAAGUAA